CACACACACACACAGGUGUGACGAGGUAAAAAGUGUCUCGCGAUAUCAGUACACAAGUGCAGAGCACAAGUUUUCUGAAAAAUAGUGUUAAAAUCUUGUCUCGUCUCGAUCUCGUGAGCUGCGGGUCUCGACCCACCUUUACUUCUUUCUAUCUGACGUCAUUAAAGGCAGUCUGGGCGGGAGUUGAGAAUAAAAAAGGGAGUGGCUCCUGAGGUUGGACUUUGACUUUUCCUUUUAUGAGAGCUGUGAAGUUAAUAACUAAACUGCUCAUUUCCCUCUCAUUAACAAUAACUGGGCUCACAGGAGAACUGGCUUGAGAGCAGCUGGAGGAAAUAAUGCAGAAUAGGAAACUGCUUCAGCCGGGCUAAAGAUCCAGAGACAUCCCAGCGUGCUGAAACUCAGAGGGGAGCAGUCUCCGCCAAGCAUGGAGGUAUCGUCAGCAUACCUCACUUUAGCGGUGUUCAUGUUGGAGGGAAUCUAACGGUCAACACGCACGGUAAUGUUUCGCCCGGGUUUAUCAAAACCAAUAAAACCCAUAUUUAUGUUUGAUUAUGUACCGGAUUAAAAUGUAACCAACAAAAUUUCUCAGGAGAUGUUUCAUGUUUCUGUUUCAGCCUUGUCUCCUGACAGGAAGGAUGAGACAAAAGCUAUUUCUUCCCAAAACAAAGCAAACAUCCAAAGAUGCCGAGAUAAGUUAAAAUCUUUCCUUGAAUAUACAACAAAGGAUCUGUCACAAGGAACAAAGGUAGAUGGAUCAAAGACUCCUUUACACAAGAUCUAUACGGAGCUUUACAUCAGACAAGGAGGCAGUGGGGAGGUUAAUAGUGAACAUGAAGUGGUUAACUUGGAAUGCAAAAGGAGUUCGAGCGAGGAUGAGAAAAUCCAGGUCAAUGACAUUCUUCAACCUUUAUCAAACAAAGAAAACCCUCCUCAGAGAGUUCUGACGAAGGGAAUCUCUGGCAUUGGAAAAUCUGUCGCUGUGCAGAAGUUCACUCACGACUGGGCAACAGGAAAAGCCAACAAAACUAUUGAUUUCAUAUUUCCAUUCACAUUUAGAGACUUAAACUUGAUAAAAGAUAAGGAUUGGAGUCUUGUGACGUUAAUAGGUCACUAUUUUGACGAAGUGAAGGAUUUGAAAGAGUCAGACUACAGUGAGUCAAGUGUUUUGUUCAUCUUCGACGGCCUGGACGAAAGCCAAUUACCUCUGGACUUCAACAACAACGAGAUGUUCCGCGAUGUUACAAAGACCACAACAUUAGACGUCCUGCUGACCAACUUAACCUCAGGGAAACUGCUGCACAAAGCCUCAGUCUGGAUCACAAGUAGACCAGCUGCAGCCGCUAAGAUUCCUCCUGAGAUCUUCCACAGGGUGACCGAGGUACGAGGCUUUAAUGAUGAGCAGAAGGAGGAGUACUUUCAGAAGAAAGUUAGUGACAAGGAUAUGGCUCAGAAGAUCAUCGAUCAUCUUCAGUCAAAGACGCAAAGAAGUCUGUACAUCAUGUGCCACAUCCCAGUCUUCUGUUGGAUUUCAGCCACGGCUCUCCAGAGUCUCCUAACAGAAACAGAAGAAGCUGAGUUGCCGAAGACUGUGACUGAAAUGUACACACACUUCCUGAUCAUCCAGACAAAGCUGAAGGAAUAUCAGGAAGGUGAAACAGACAAAUAUGUGAUCAUAAAAUUGGGAAAGCUGGCAUUUGAACAGCUUCAGAAGGGCAACAUACUCUUCUAUGAAAAUGAGUUUAAAACUUGUGGAAUUGAUCUGAAACAAGCUGCAGUUAAUUCAGGAGUUUGUACACAGAUCAUAAGAAAAGAAUCUGGUCUUCACAAACAAGAGAUUUACUCCUUCAUUCAUUUAAGUGUUCAGGAGUUUCUGGCAGCUCUGUACGUGUUAGAGACUUUCUUAGAUAGCGGAGAAAAUCUGCUUUCCUGGCAGACAAGGGUGGAAGUGCCAUCAGAGAAAGGAGAACGUGCCAUCUUCCUCCUCCACCAGAACGCAGUGGAUAUGGCUUUGGUCAGCGAUAAUGGACAAUGGGACUUGUUCUUGCGCUUCCUGCUCGGUCUGUCACAGGAUAAAAAUCAGGAGCUUCUUCAGGAACGAGUUGGAUUCAAAGGAAGACGUCCACAGAGCAACCAGGAGACAAUCAAGUUCAUUCACGAGAAGAUCAAGAAACUGUCCAACAGCGAGAAGAGCAUCAACCUGUUCCACUGUUUAAAUGAGUUGGGUGACCAGUCUCUGGUAGAGCAAGUCCAAAAGUACCAGAGCUCAGGAGAUUUUGUUAAACUCUUACCUGAACAUUGGUCAGCUCUGGCCUUUCAGCUGCUCGUUUCUAAUGAAGACCUGGAUGUCUUUGACCUGGAGAAAUACGAAGGUUCAGAGGAAGUUCUGGAGAGGCUGCUGCCAGUGCUCAAGGCAUCAAAGAAAGCUUCGUUAAGUAACUGUAACCUCACCGACAGAUGUUGUGAGAACAUUUCAUCAGUUCUCAGCUCAAAGUCUUCUGGUCUGGAGGAGUUAGACAUGAGUGGAAACAAUCUGCUGGACUCUGGAGUGAAGCUGCUCUCUGACGGUCUAAAAAGUCCCAACUGUAAACUCCAGAGACUCUGUCUGAACUCCUGCAGGUUAACAGCAGCCUGCUGCAAGUCUUUGACCUUUGCCCUCAGCGACUCCUCUGAUCUCAGAGAACUCAACCUGAGCUACAACUACCUGAAGGACCAGGGGGUGGAGCUGCUCUCUGAUUGGCUGAGGAAACCGCAGUGUAAACUGGAGAUACUGAGUCUGAGAUCCUGCUGGUUAACAGCAGCCAGCUGCCGGACUUUGACCUCUGUCCUCAGCGACUCCUCUGAUCUCAGACAACUCAACCUGAGCAACAACAACCUGAAGGACCAGGGGGUGGGGCUGCUCUCUGAUUGGCUGCAGAAACCCCAGUGUAGACUGGAGAUACUGAAACUGAGAUCCUGCAUGUUAUCAGCAGACAGCUGCAAGUCUUUGACCUUCAGAGACUCCUCUGAUCUCAGAGAACUCAACCUGAGCCACAACAACUUGGAGGACCAAGGGGUGGAGCUCCUCUCUGAUUGGCUGAGGAAACCCCAGUGUAGACUGGAGAUACUGAAGUUAAGUAGCUGUAUGCUCACCGGCAGAUGUUGUGAGAACAUUUCAUCAGUUCUCAUCUCGAAGUCUUCUGGUCUGGAGGAGUUAGACCUGAGUGGAAACAAUCUGCUGGACUCUGGAGUGGAGCUGCUCUCUCACGGUCUAAAAAGUCCCAACUGCAAACUUCAGAGACUUCACCUGAAGAACUGUAUGUUAACAGCAGCCAGCUGCCGGUCUUUGAGCUUAGCCUUCAGCAAGUCUUCUGAUCUCAAAGAACUCAACCUGAGCUACAACAAACUGGAGGUCCAGGGGGUGAAGCUGCUCACUGAUUGGCUGAGGAAAACCCAGUGUAGACUGGAGAUACUGAGGUUGUCAUUCUGCACAGAGAGCUGCUGUGAGUCUCUGGCCUCGGCUCUGGAGUCAAACCCUUCACACCUCAGAGAACUGACGCUGGACUACAGUGAUCCAGGAGAAUCAGGUCUGAAGCUGCUGUCUGAUUUACAGGAGAACAAAGCAUACAAACUGCAGACACUGAGGGUCUCUAAGGGAUAUAUACAACGGGAUCAGAACUAAAAGACAACAAUGGAUAAUUGUCCUCCUUCUGUCUGGACCAAAUGAUCUGAACAACAGGUGUGAAAUAGGGGUGGGAGAUAUGGACAAAAAAUAAUAUCUUGAUAUUUUUGCCAAUUUUAACAAUAAUGAUAACGAUAAGACACCAUAAGACACAGAGGAACAUGCCCAGUGUUGCCAGGUCAUUAGAUGAUCAUCUGCUCAUUUGUACAUUGAUGACAUCAUUGCUUAUCAUUUGCAUAAAGCUGAGUGGUUGUGUCUGCUGCUGAAGAGGAGAGGGAGAGAGAUGCAGCAGAGCCGGAGACUUACUCAUCUGGGAUUUAAGAAGUAUGUUCAGGAAUUAAUUACAAUUAAAUAUAUCAUGCUUCUCCCCUGAUGGUCUGAAGACGUUACAUUAAUUGCUAGUCACUAGUUAGACAUGAAGUCGCUAAAUCUAAAGAAAGUCGGCAAGUUGUCAACAAUCUACGUCUCCUGCACUUUUUCAGAGGGCAGUUUUUUAAUGACCUGUUGGGGUUUCUGAUUUAUUUGCUUGGUAUGUUUCUGCUUCUGUAAAGCACUUUGAAUUGCCUUUGUCUCUGAAUUAAGUUUUAUAAAUAAAUUUCCUUGCCUUGAAUGCUAAAAACAGUCUAACACGUUCAGUGUGAUUUCAUGGGAAGGGAAAUAAAUAGCACGCAGGGACAUUUAGCUUCAUGUCUACUCUUUUUAAGCUUUGUGGAUGUCGUUUAACAUCCCGUUUCACAUCUGAAAGUCCGGACCAAGGUUCAUGUUUUAACAUUUGAGUCGGUUUGGUUUCAGCUGCAGUUAUGUAGACGGGCUUCACCAUCCUCUCCUAUCCUCUCUCUGGUUUUGAGCUUUUUCCAGCUGACUGCUGCUCUCCCCGUGCUGCUACCUUGUUUCUCUCUAAUAUAAGUUGCUCUCUUUUAGGCUACAAAAACACGCAUGCAGGCUAAAAUUCAACCACAAUGAAACUAGUUGCUAAGCUAAUGUCUGCAUACAGUGUAGCACAAUAGUAAACACUGCAGUAGUAAUGUGUCCACCUCAGCUGAGAACAGAGAAUUGUCCUUUCCUUGAGCUGAGAGAAGCACUUGCUCUUUUGAAUCAUGACCAGAUCCAGCAGGACCUGUCAACACAAGGCAUUAGAUGGACUUUUAAUCCUCCCUUUGGCUCACACCAUGGAGGGUCAUGGGAGAGACUCAUCCCAACCAUCAAGAAGGUCCUCUACUCCAUUGUUAGGCAGCAAGUCCAUCAAGAUGAUGAGAGCCUCUGUGAAGUAGAGACUAUCCUAAACAAUAGACCCAUCACUGCAGUUUCAGAUGAUCCUAGUGAUCCGGAGGCCCUCACACCUAACCAUCUGCUCCUGCUGAAAGGAAAACCCCUGAUGCCACCAGGUGUGUUUAAGAAAGAAGAGUGCUAUUCCAGACGAAGAUGGAGACAGGUGCAGUACAUCGCUGACCUGUUCUGGAAACGCUGGGUUAAAGAAUAUCUUCCCUUGAUGCAGGAAAGGCAAAAGUGGAACGUGGUGAGAAAGAAUCUUAAAGCAGAGGAUAUAGAGCUGAUUGUAGAUGAGACUUUGCCACGCAAUUCAUGGUUGAUGGGAAGAAUAACAGAGACCAUCCCAGACAGCAGAGGCCAUGUUAGAUGGGUCAGGAUACAAACCAGGAGCAAUAUCCUGGAGCGACCCAUCACUAAACUAUCCCUUCUUCUGGAGUCUUGACAUGACUCGACUCUGACUGACCACAACACUGAUCUUUCUCUUCCCUUUCCCUUUCAAGGAACCUCAUUUUUAGGAUUUACUGCUUACAUUUUCAACCUUUUUUCAAGAGCUCUGAGUUGGACUAUUUUACAUGGAUUUUUGUCUACAUUUUUCCUUUUUUGGAUAACGGACUAUGGCAUUUUCUUGCCCAUAGAAUAUGGACUAUAUAUGGACUAUAAACUGUAAGAGAAAUGAACUCUAUUUGAUGAUGGCUCCGUGUUUAUUAUUGUAAUUGUGAUGAUGGGAAGCCAUCAUUAGACACUGUUUGUAAAAGGUCAUGUGAUUGGAUCAUCCAUCUGUCAGUCACUUUUUAACACUUUUCCACAUUUCCUAGUUCCUCUUGAUGUUCUAUUAUCAUUAUGUGGUGACUUCUUUACGACCUCCAUAAGUUGCUGAGAGGCUGAGUCAGGGAACAAUCACGUAUGACGCCCUGUUUGAAUAAUUCAGUUCUACUCCUUGAUAUCGUUCAAAGAUUUAUUGUCCAUUUGAAAAUAGGAACCAACCAAUCCCUGUGACGUUCUACAUUAAGUAAUAGGUGAAAAAACUAUAAAUAAACAACUAUAAACAAACAUAACAUAACAUGGCUCCUAUUAAUUAUAUAUACAGUAUUUAACACGCACUGCAACAGUUUGGAUUUGUGACAGUGUUUUAUUUUGGAAAGAAAAGAGAUGCAGGUUAGACCACACUGGGGGGAUAGUGUAUGUGGGUGUUGACAUGAAG